AUGCAGGUAAAAGAAGAGUUGAAAGCACUCGCAAAGAUUGCAGGUCCGAUAACAAUGACAAACCUAAUGAUGCAUUCUCGAUCGGCAAUCUCAAUGUUAUUCCUUGGUCGUCAAGGAAGAGCAGAGCUAGCUGGGGGUUGCCUAGCCCUUGGUUUCGCCAACAUCACCGCAACUUCAGUUCUCAAAGGUCUAACAAUGGGAAUGGAUCCAAUUUGUUGUCAAGCAUAUGGAGCCAAAAGAUGGUCAGUUCUAAACCAAGCACUUUUGAGAACACUAUGUCUCCUCCUAGUUGUUACAAUCCCAAUUUCACUUUUAUGGCUUAACAUGGAACCACUACUUCAAUUACUAGGUCAAGACCCUAGUGUCACAAAAGUUGCACAAAUUUACAUGCUAUACUCAAUUCCUGAAUUAUUUGCUCAAGCAUUUCUCAAUCCAUUAAGAACUUUUUUAAGAACUCAAGGCUUAACAGCACCAAUUACUAUGGCUGCAUCAUUUGCAGCACUAUUACACCUACCAAUAAAUUAUUUCCUAGCUACUUAUUUGAAAUUAGGUGUAAAAGGUAUUGCAUUAGCCACCGGAAUGAACUCAAUAAACAUGACAUUAGGAAUGUUGGUUUAUAUUAUUUUUUCAAAUAAACCACUUAAGCCAUGGCAAGGUGUUACAAUAUUUGGCUCUAUUUCUCAUGGAUGGAAACCGUUUCUUGGUCUUGCAAUUCCUAGUUGUCUUUCGGUUUGUUUAGAAUGGUGGUGGUAUGAGAUAAUGCUUUUUCUUUGUGGUUUGUUGAGUGAUCCUCAAACUUCAGUUUCAACAAUGGGAAUACUUAUUCAAACACUUGGUUUUCUUUACGUGUUUCCGUAUUCACUUAGUGCAUCUUUGACAACGAGAAUUGGUCAUUCGUUAGGGUCAGGAGAAGCCUCACGUGCAAAAGGAACCGCUAUAAUUGGGAUUUUGAUAGCGGUUUUACUUGGGAUUUUGGCUUUUGUUGGACUGAUUUUAGCAAGAAAAAAUUGGGGGAGAUUAUUUACGGACGAGGUACAAAUUAUUGAUAUGAUAAGAAAAGUACUUCCGAUUUUAGGGUUAUCUGAAAUUAGCAAUUGGCCACAAACGGUAUCAUGUGGGAUUUUAGCUGGAACCGCGCGUCCUUAUGUUGGUGCUAGAAUUAACUUGUGUGCAUUUUAUUUAGUUGGGUUACCAGUUUCAAUUUUUGCUAGUUUUGUGUACAAAUUUGAAUUGGUAGGUUUGUGGUAUGGAAUGUUGGCAGCACAAGUUUCAUGUGUUUGUAUGAUGGUGUAUACUUUGGUUCAAACAGAUUGGGGACAACAAACUAAAAGAGCGUUGGAGUUGGCUCAAAAAUCAACACAACAAGAAAGUGUCAUUGAUGAAGAAAGUGUGUUGCUUGAUUCUCUCUAA